GUUAGUCCCUAUCCACAAUUCCACCCAUGAUUUUUCCUCUAGGGGUUACCACACUGGCCAGAGAGCACCCAAAUGCUCCAGCUGAAGGCUAGCUGGACCGCCGCAGUCUAACCCACUGGGCAGAUCCCCGACGACAAGGACAUUUAUGCCGUUGCUCAAAUUCAAUCCGGCUCAGAGGAUGCCACCGGCGACCAGGGGUACCCAGACUUCCUCACCUCUGUUCUGUAAAGUAUGUAGCUAUUGUCGACGAGAAUUCAUAUGGGGCAGUAACUGGUUCGACAUCCCGGGCAAGUAAAGGAAUAUAUCCAAUUUUGGCGCCAAAGAACUGGGAUUCCAAAGAAGAAGGGUGCUGCCAAGCAAGCAUCCAUGGCUUCCAACGAUGAGCAGCAGCCACUACAUGUUCUCUUCUUCCCGUUUGUCGCGCCGGGACACCUCAUUCCGGUCGCUGACAUGGCCGCCCUCUUCGCCUCUCACGGCGUCAAGUGCACCAUCCUCACCACCCCCGUGAACGCAGCAGUCAUCCGCUCGGCUGUCGACCGAGCCAACGACGCCGUCCGCGGCACCGGCGCCCCGGCGAUCGACAUCUCCACGGUCCCCUUCCCUGACGUCGGACUGCCGCCGGGCGUCGAGAGCGUCGUAGAAAUUUCCUCAGAGGCCGACAGGUUCAGGUUGCUGGAAGCGAUCCGGCUGCUCCGCGAGCCGUUCGACCGCUUCCUGGCCGACCACCGCCCCGACGCCGUCGUGGCCGACAGCUUCUACCCGUGGUCCACGGCCGCCGCCGCCGAGCACGGCAUCCCACGGCUGUCUUUCCUUGGGACCAGCAUGUUCGCCCGGGCCUGCAACGCCUCCUUGCUGCGCAGCAACCCGUUGGAGGGGCUCCCUCCAGAUGACCCCGACGCUGUCGUGUCCCUGCCGGGUCUGCCGCACAGCGUCACGCUGAGGAGGGACCAGGUGAUGGACCCGAGGAAGAACGAGCUGGAGUGGAACUACGAGAAGCUCACCAACGCCGCGGACCAGAGGAGCUACGGCGAGGUCUUCAACAGCUUCGCCCAGCUGGAGCCGGACUACGUAGAGCACUACCACACGACGCUCGGCCGCCGCGUGUGGCUCGUGGGUCCGGCCGGGCACGCCAGCGAGGACUUGGCGGCGAGGGGCGGCGCCGGCAGGCUCGCGCCUGAGGCGGAAAGGUGCCUGCGGUGGCUCGACGAGAAGCCGGACGGCUCAGUUGUGUUCAUCUCGUUCGGUACACUAACUCGUUUCACGGCGGCGGAGCUGUGGGAGGUGGCCCGCGGGCUACAGCAAUCCGGAAGGAAUUUCGUAUGGGUCAUGAGUGAAUCAGACACGGACGCAUCACAGUGGAUGCCUGAAGGCUUUGCCGAACUCAUUGAUCCCGGAGAGCACGGCUUCAUUUUUUGGGGUUGGGCUCCACAGAGGCUCAUCCUCAAUCACUCAGCAGUCGGUGGGUUCGUGACGCAUUGUGGGUGGAACUCGGUGCUAGAGGCCGUAAGCGCUGGAGUGCCGUUGGUGACAUGGCCACGGUAUGGUGACCAAUUCUACAAUGAGAAACUCAUCUUGGAGGUGCUCAAGAUUGGGGUUAGUGUCGGUGCUAGAUUCUCCGCGUCGAAGCUGGAGGACCGUAGUGAGGUGAUCAAUGGCGAGAAGAUCGCAGAAGGCAUUGAUAGAGUGAUGGGUGGUGACGAAGAAGCAGAGGCGAUAAGGAAGAAGGCUGUAGUUCUUCGUGGAAAAGCUAGGAGCGCCGUAGAGAAGGGAGGCUCUUCAUAUGAUGAUGUCGAACAGUUGAUUACUGAGCUGAUGGCUCGUCGUAGCUCUGUAAAUGUUUGAGAACUUCUAUGGUGACCAGUUAGCUUGUUGAGUUGCAACGGAUGGGAAGUUUUAUCUUUUAUGUAUGCCUAAUUUAAAGUUUGAACCAAUUGUAUGGUACUUCAGGUUCUUA